AUGUCCAAUAAUCUAACGGCUCCAUCUUUAUCUUUAAAGGGUUGGUAUUAUUUAUAUCAUUACGAUAAAGAAAUGGUGGAAGAAGAAUGGUAUGAAACUACUAGAAUGGUUGCGAAACAUACCGAAAAAGAAAAUAUAGAAAAAGUUUAUUCGCACACUAAUCCUUUUAUAAGAAAUUUUAUCAGACGAUCUAUUAAAGGAGGAAGAGUUUCGGCAAAUAGAAAAUCAUUUGAAACGAACAAAAUGGAUGAAAUUCGUAACGUAUUAAAGGAAUAUAUUUCACAAACAGAAAUGAAUAUCCGAGAGCGGAAAGUGGAAGACCGUUUCUACGACGUUUUAACAUCGGUUGAUAUUCAAGAAAUAGUGAAAGCCGGUGGACGAAUUAUUAGAAUAUUAGAUGGUAUAGUUUACGAAGAAAAUUUUGAAACUCCACCCUAUAGAGAUUAUAUUUUAAUUUUGAGAGAUCUAAGAAAUAAAUAUAAACGAGAAGGUAAUAUCGUGGGUAGUAAUUGCAUGAAAUUAUUGGGUAAUUCCUUGUAUGGUAAAUCAAUUCAGAAAUAUAUAUUCACAACUAGACAUUUAUGGAAUGAAGCAACUUUACAGGCCAACUUUGAUUCACGUGUUAAAACCUAUGAGAAAAUUAAUGAUACUCAAUAUACUGUUGAAACAGAAAUUGAAGAAAAAGAGAUUACUACCGAAGAUAGUAAAUCUACACGACUAACACCUAGUCAUUUGGGAUCAUUCGUUUUAUCUCACAGUAAAAAAAUAAUGAACAAUUUCAUUCACGUCAUAAAUGGAUUUUAUAAACCCGAAAUAUACUAUACCGACACCGAUAGUUUGUACAUUUCAUCCAAAAAUAUGAAAAACUAA